CUCAGCCUCUUCCGGGGCGCUGAGUGUCCUGAGCGGUCGCCGGUGAUCUCAGUCCCCCAACCUGUAGCGGCCAAGCCAGAAGUCCCGGUCACCAAGGAGUCCCACCACCGGCGGCUUAUAGAGGAGGACUAACGUGCCAGACAGGAAGACUAGAGUGACAUCCAGCCAAAAUGGCGGGCCUCCUGAGAUCCAUAGCAACCAACUGUACAAACCCCCUCUUCAGCAGUGUCAUUUCCAAGAAGGUCCAGACUGUGAAGACGCCAUGUCUGCGCAUGCUCCGUACACACAAAGUCCUCUGGUGCCAGAAGCCUGAGACACAAGGAAUCCCAUACAAGCAGCUGACAGUUGGUGUCCCAAAGGAGAUCUUUCAGAAUGAGAAAAGAGUGGCGCUGUCUCCUGCUGGUGUCCAGGCUCUGGUUAAGCAAGGUUUCAAUGUUGUGGUUGAAUCUGGAGCUGGUGAGGCCUCAAAAUUCUCAGACGAUCAGUAUAAAGAGGUUGGGGCGACAAUCCAUGGAACCAAGGAAGUGUUUGCAUCAGACCUCAUUGUUAAAGUUCGGGCACCGAUGCUGAACCAAGCACUGGGUAUUCAUGAAGUGGACCUGUUCAAACCAUCCUCCACUCUCGUCAGCUUUGUUUACCCGGCACAGAACCCAGAUCUGCUGAACAAAUUGUCAGAGAAGAAAGCGACGGUCUUGGCCAUGGACCAGGUGCCACGUGUAACCAUCGCCCAGGGAUACGAUGCUCUGAGCUCCAUGGCAAACAUUGCUGGAUACAAAGCUGUUGUUUUGGCUGCAAACAACUUUGGACGGUUUUUCACUGGACAAAUUACAGCAGCGGGGAAGGUCCCACCAGCCAAGGUAUUGAUCAUUGGAGGUGGUGUCGCUGGUCUGGCUGCUGCAGGAUCUGCAAAAUCAAUGGGGGCCAUCGUCCGAGGAUUCGACACCAGGGCUGCAGCUCUGGAGCAGUUCAAGUCUAUUGGUGCCGAGCCCUUGGAAGUAGACAUAAAGGAGUCCGGAGACGGACAAGGAGGGUACGCCAAGGAAAUGUCCAAGGAGUUUAUCGAAGCUGAGAUGAAGCUGUUUGCCAAGCAGUGUCAAGAUGUGGACAUCAUCAUUACUACAGCUCUCAUUCCUGGGAAAAGGGCUCCCAUAUUGAUCAAGACUCACAUGAUUGAAUCCAUGAAGGAAGGUUCAGUUGUGGUAGAUUUGGCAUCAGAGGCCGGUGGUAACAUCGAAACGACCAAACCCGGAGAGCUAUACACUCACAAGGGUGUGACACACGUCGGUUAUACAGAUUUGCCCAGCCGAAUGGCCUCACAGGCCAGCACACUGUAUUCCAACAACAUUACCAAACUGCUGAAAGCCAUCAGUCCUGACAAAGAACUCUUCCACUACAACCUGAAGGAUGAGUUUGACUAUGGAACCAUGGAUCAUGUAAUCAGGGGAACAGUGGUCAUGAAGGAUGGGAAAGUCAUCUUUCCUGCACCACAACCAAAUAAAGUCCCAACCGUAGUAACUGUCAAACCAAAGUCUGUUGCUCAGUUGGCCGCUGAAAAAGCAGCCGCCAUUUCUCCGUUUAGGAAAACGAUGACCAACGCCACCGGAUACACUGCAGGUCUUGCCACCCUCUUGAGUCUGGGCAUUGCCUCUCCUCACUCGGCUUUCACACAGAUGGUGACAACCUUUGGCCUUGCUGGGCUUGUAGGUUACCACACAGUGUGGGGAGUCACUCCUGCUCUACACUCUCCACUUAUGUCUGUGACGAAUGCCAUUUCAGGUCUGACAGCUGUUGGAGGUCUUGCUCUCAUGGGAGGUAGUUACCUUCCUUCAAACACCGCUCAAACCCUUGCUGUGCUCGCAGCUUUUGUGUCUUCCAUCAACAUUGCAGGUGGUUUCUUGGUGACACAGAGAAUGCUGGACAUGUUCAAACGUCCAACUGAUCCUCCAGAGUACAACUACCUGUACCUUCUUCCUGGAGGAUUGUUUGUUGGGGGAUAUGCCACUGCCCUGCACACCGGAUAUUCUAUUGAACAGAUGAUGUACCUGGGCUCUGGACUUUGCUGUGUUGGCGCCCUUGCCGGACUUUCCACUCAAGGCACUGCUCGUCUUGGUAACACUCUGGGCAUGAUUGGAGUUGCUGGUGGCAUUGCAGCUACAUUUGGUUCACUUAAUCCAAACCCUGAAUUGUUAGCCCAAAUGUCUGGAGCUUUAGCACUUGGUGGCACCAUUGGUCUCACCAUCGCGAAGCGCAUCCAGAUUUCAGAUCUUCCCCAACUGGUAGCUGCUUUCCACAGCUUGGUUGGUCUGGCUGCUGUCCUGACCUGCGUGGCCGAAUACAUGAUUGAAUACCCACACUUUGCCACCGACCCAGCUGCAAAUCUUACGAAGAUCAUAGCUUACUUGGGCACUUACAUUGGUGGUGUCACUUUCAGUGGCUCACUUAUCGCCUAUGGAAAACUGCAAGGUGUCCUGAACUCUGCCCCUCUCCUUCUGCCUGGCAGACAUAUGCUGAAUGCUAGUUUACUGGCAGCCAGUGUUGGAGGUAUGAUUCCGUACAUGCUGGACCCAAGCUUUACCACUGGCAUUACAUGUCUCGGCUCUGUGUCUGCUCUAUCGGCUGUUAUGGGUGUCACUCUCACAGCUGCUAUUGGAGGGGCAGACAUGCCCGUGGUCAUCACCGUGCUCAACAGCUACUCUGGUUGGGCCCUUUGUGCUGAGGGAUUCCUGCUGAACAACAACUUGCUGACCAUCGUGGGCGCUCUGAUUGGUUCUUCUGGAGCUAUUCUGUCCUACAUCAUGUGUGUGGCUAUGAACCGAUCCCUUGCUAAUGUGAUUCUUGGUGGCUUUGGAACUACAUCCACUGCUGGAGGCAAGCCAAUGGAAAUUACUGGUACUCACACAGAAAUCAAUCUGGAUGGUGCAGUUGAUCUGAUAAAGGAGUCCAAUAACAUCAUCAUUACUCCAGGGUAUGGACUGUGUGCUGCUAAAGCUCAGUAUCCCAUUGCUGAUCUAGUGAAACAGCUGAAGGAACAGGGUAAAAAUGUCAGGUUUGGUAUCCACCCCGUGGCAGGUCGUAUGCCUGGUCAGCUGAAUGUACUUCUGGCUGAAGCUGGUGUUCCAUAUGAUAUUGUGCUGGAGAUGGAUGAGAUCAAUGAAGACUUCCCCGAAACUGAUCUGGUCCUUGUAAUUGGUGCCAAUGAUACUGUUAACUCCGCUGCUCAGGAAGACCCCAAUUCCAUCAUUGCUGGUAUGCCUGUUCUGGAAGUGUGGAAGUCUAAACAGGUUAUUGUGAUGAAGAGGUCUUUGGGUGUCGGUUAUGCUGCUGUUGACAAUCCCAUCUUCUACAAACCCAACACCUCUAUGCUUUUGGGAGACGCCAAGAAGACCUGUGACGCUCUGCAGUCCAAAGUGCGCGAGUCCUUCCAGUCAUAGACGCUCCUUGUAAUUGAUUUUGUACAAGAUCUACCAGCCAGUGUUGAACAUUUUUGAAAGCAGCCCAUUUUUUAUUCUGAUAGAACUUAUUAACUUUAGUUCAAAACUGGUAUAUUCCCUGGCUGAAACAUAAUACGGGAUAUGGCAUUAUCAGUCCAUGAUGCCAGUUUGCAUGAGCCAAGAUUGUCCAUGAAAGCAAUUAUUGUUUUAUAUAUUUCUAAUUAAUUGUAGCAUAUGGCCUUUUCUUAACUACAAUUCGUGUGUCCUGCCUGGGCUAAUACAAUGCAUUGUGAAUUUUAGAGAUCAGUCUAUUUUAUUACCUCUCCCUGUCCUGAUGGAUUUUUGCCAUGUGACAACCUGAAAUGGUUCAAACAAUAAAGUGUUCGGUGACACAAGAUGGUUUCGAGCGUGAUCAAACAUUAGAUGCAUUAUGUGACAAACAACAUACAAUAAUUUUUGCUCCUUUUCUUUUUUUUUUUUUAACUUCUCUUUGAAUAUUACCGUCUUUAUAUUUAGUGUUCUAAGCCUUAUUUACAAUACUGAACCUGGGUUAUUUAAUAUAUGUGCUCAGUGUAUAAGCUUUCAUGCAGCUUCCCAGUUCAUAGCCUAAAAAAAAUGUGUAUUUGACAUAGAGUAGCAGUUGAAGCUAAACAUUACAACCCUACCAAAAAUAAAAAUCUGAUCCUUUAAAUUUGCACAAUACCUGAAACAUUCUGUAGGCUACAUAUCAAAAUAGAUUAUUAGGGUAGCCAAUACCCUAGCCAAUCCUAACAACAUUACAACACCUGCAGAACUAGAGCGAUCCAUGGGCAUUCAAAGCAGAGCAUCAGCAUUGCAAUACAUCUAGAGCAGCCAAUAGCCAUUCAUAUCAGAGUGAUAGAGUCGGAGUAACGUAUAGCCAAGCAGAACAAUGUAAUUCUGGUGGAAUUUGAACCAAGUCUUAGAAUUUCAACAGAUUUGGAGUCGCAUAUAGCCAAUCGGACCAGAGCAUUCCAAUUCGGACACUAUAUAAGAGCAGCUCAUAACCAGUCAGUGCAUAGAAUUGGAGCAACCUAUAGCCAGUCAGAAUGCGGCAUUAGAAUUAAAUUGAACUUAUAGCAAUUUAUAGCCAAUCAGAGAAGAGCAUUAUAAUUCAAAGAGAACUAGAGCAACCUAUAGCUAGUCAGGGCAGAGAAUUCAAAUUCUCAGUAAAUCAAAGCAUCUUAUAGCCAAGCAUAUCAUAAGAAAUCGGACAUUGCUAGACCAUUUGUUUUUCAGCCUAAGCUUUAGGGUCCAUGUACACAGGUAAAAACUUGCAUGCUUGCUUAUUGCCCAGUGUUCUAAUGUCUCUGUGUUUACAUAAAUGCCCUAAUCAAAUAUCUCAGAAUUGGUUUUGAUGUUUUUUUGGCCAAGAUCUGUGUUUUAAGGGAGCAGAGAUAUAUAAUGCCUACUGUCUACAUUGCAUAAAAGUGAAUGGGACCUGUAGUGAAUGCACCACCUGCCUGAGCACCAGGUAAAAUUGUUAGUGUGUACACAUACAUCUAUUCAUUCAGGAGUCUGACCUUUAUUAGUAGGUCUACAUGACAAGGAAAGGUGCCUAACCAACUAUAGCAGAGCAUUACAAUGCACAUCAUUCAUGAUUAACCUACAGUCAUUGGAAGCACUAAACAUCACAAUCCCUGGAAGCAUUUGGAACAUUAAUAACUUGUAGAGCAAUUUACCAAGUCACCAAAACAAAUACCUGCAUAAUCCUAAAUGUAAAUCUAUGAAUUAGGUUCGCUUAAUGUAAAUAACCUUAUUGUGUUUUAAUGAAACAAAAGAAAAUGCAUAUUUACUUUAGAAUUUGAAUUUGCUUUCCUGCCAGACAUGCACAUCAUGCUGAGUCAGGGCUUUUGGUCACCUUUCUUGUCAUUGCGUUUGAGUAUUGGUUCAGCAGUGUUACCUAGAGCUCUGUGUAACCUACAGGUAGCCUCUAGUAGUAGAAACUGCAAUUCUAUGUAUGAAAAAUAGUAAUUAAAUUACUGAAUAGGAACAAAUUAAAAUAUGAAUGUCAUUUAUUAAGAGUUCAAAAUGUCUCUUGUGGAAGAUAUGCUGCAGUUUACCUUAGAAUUUGUAUUUUAUCAUCUUCCACCUUAGUGUGUAUUUGGUGAAGUAGCAUUUCACAAAUUGGGAAAUUAGUUACAAAAGGUUGAUUUUUAAUUAACAAUUUAUGAAGUUAGACAUUUUUACAGUAUAUCAAUUUUUUUUCGCAUAAAGGAUUACUUCUUAUAGGGGUGUAUAUAGCAUGUAUCUAUUGGGCCAUGUGAUAUACAGGGAGAUCACCUUUGCUGAUCUUUGUUUCCAAAAAAGAUUGAUGCCUGGCUGCCAUGCUAAUUCUUGGUCUACAUUACUUUGGGUUACUGACCCAGAACCAGUGCACAGAUAAGACUGGACAGUGUGCUUGUUUUCAGUGUAAUUAAGCAUGUGGGUCAACAUAACAGCCAGACAACUAGCUUUUUAGGUUUGCAAAGGCAGCCACCAUGUUCCUCUGAAUAGUCUACUUAAAAGGGAGCAGGCUGAGACAGCAUAGCCAGUUUCUUGUAAUAUAAUGUGGGUAGCAAUAUAAAACUGUGUAGGAUUUAUAUAUGGAAUAUUCAGACAUCAUAUAGACCAGUUUGGUCUUGUCUGCAUUACUCUGGGGGCACUCUUUUUUUGUUUUAUUAGGCUAAUGCAUUCAAAAACAUGUUUUGUUCUAUUCUAUGACAUAUGAACUGAAACUGGGUCAAAAAGGGCUGAAAAUAUGAUUAUUAUUUUUUUCCACCACCCUUUAAAUCUCUUCUCAGGAAAAGUUUAGAAUCAAGGUUUUUUAGAUCUUUCGAUUUUUCAUUGUAAAAGUAACAUGACAGGAGGUAAGGUCCUUCUAGCCUCUUCCAAUCAUUAGCAGUAAUAUUGCACUCUGAGAGGAUCCUUUCUACUUUAGGACACGUAUCAAGGACUGGUAAACACCCACACAUGUCAACCCACAUCUGCUAUUACACAUGCUUUACUUGCUUGCUCUGAAAGUUUCUGACCAGUCUUCAGGCUUGUGUUUAUGGACUAAUGACACUAGCUUUACGAGGCAUUCAGCUUGCAUUUGACAUCAGAUUGAGAUACUUUUAAGAGCAUUCAAAGUUCUGACAGGUGCAUUUGACCAGUAGUUGAUGACCUUCUGAGGUCCAGUCCUUAUAAGCACAAUACAUUGCUGGCUAGUCAUAGUUCUAAUCCAAUAAAAAAAAAAAAUCAUGUGACUGAUCUCACUGCCAUGGGUUAGAGCUGCAUGUAGAAAAAACUGCAACUCUAAAACUUAAAGGGAACAUGUUGAUAAAAUAUGGAAGCUGCCAUUGCCUUUUUUCCUUCGGGGUUAACUAUCCUAGGCUCAUGCUUUUUUUCUGACCUAGAAUUAUGUAGGGUACUCAUUGGGUCCCAACAGCUCCCUGGUUGCCUAAUUGUAGACCAGUGACUCUUUAGAAUUUGCACUUAAAAAUGUGAAUCUGCAAUGGCAGCUCUCAUACUUGACAUGCAUCGUAUCUAAACUUAAUCAAGGCUUCUAUUUAAAAGUCAACACAAAAUACAUUUAUUGUUAUCCAUUGAGGCAAACAAAGUUUUUCACCUUCAGGUUUUUCUGCCACUUACAGCAGGAUUAAACCCUGGCAAACAAAAACUGUGGGCAAGCCCAAGAUCCUACCAUCAUGUGUUUUUUGCUGGUGUCCUAGGAGGAUGGAUGUCUUCUCUUUAGCUCUAUGGAAGUCCAACUUAUUAUUGGCUAUCACCUUUUUUUACGUUAUCUUCAAUAUUUUUAUUCAACCAAUGCUUUAUCACUAGAGUCUUCCAUCCGCAGCCUGUAUUUUGAAGUGCUGUAUCCUUCGGGCACUGGGUUCAGCAUAGGGCUCUUUUCAGACCAUGGUAAAAGUUAGCUGUGGAGGUCCAGGAUGCCUUUAAAAUUCCUUGUUUCCUACCAUGUUCCAUCAAGGAAGGGGUUAAUGUUAGAGUGCUGAUGUGGUGUGGAGUAAUUCUCCUUUUCCAGAUUCUGUAUCUGAUUUACCUGUGGCCUUGGGGUUUCGAAACCAUCACCCCUUGAGAUUGUUUGACUGAUAAGCUUGCCCCUGAGAAGUUGUAGCCCACUGCUGUUACUCCCAAUUUAGGAGACCAUUUUGGUCCUGAUUGAUGCGGUGUGUACCACCAUUAUUUAACUAGAAGCAUUAGCCUGUUUUUACCAGGUCUGUUUCCCAUUUCAACUUUCUCUACAAAGGUUGAAAACACUCUGAUAUGGUGUUUUGCUCCCCAAAUGCUUGUUAGCCCUGUACUAAUUUGAGGGAAUAUUUUGUACAAAAAGGGUCAACUCCCACUGUGGAUAAGGUUCUACCUUAACAAAGCAACUACCAUAACAGUGGAUACACUUGUCUUUAAGGACACAUCUGAUGAAUGGUUGGUGGUGACUUUACUGUGCUAAGCCAUAGCUUACUGGUCAGAAUUUUUUAAGAGAUCUUGCCACUACUAUGGCUGAUCCCUUGAUUUUUAGAAAGCAUAGUGCAGAUGGCCGAAGCUUUAAUUUUCCAUUGUGAUGGUCUGUUGGAGUCUUUCUGGCUUACCCCUCACAAGGUUCUCCUGUUAGUACACAUGCAGAGGACGCUGUUUAAAGUGCUGGACUGCGGAACCUGCAUUUACGAAGUGCCUGAUCUGCAUUCCUCUCUUUACUCCCACCCAUUCCAGUAGCCAUCAGCUCUGAAAGGGGAGUGUCUGAACAUGCAACCUGAUCCUACAAGGAACCCUUUCUUGUUUUGCAUAAAGACAUGUUGGUGUUGAGGCCCAGAACUUCCUUCUUGGCUAAGUUAGUUUUUGCCUUUCACCUCAACCAGGAUGUUUUCCCAUCUCUCUCUGUCCAGCUCCAUUUAACCAGAAGGAAAUUUUCUCUUUACUGUCUGGAUGUGUUUUGAGUUCUGAAAGUCUCAAGCACUAAUUUCCACUAGGGAAACUGGUUUUCUUUUUGUAAUCCUGAAUAGAUCUGAGAAGAGUUCUUUGGCUUCUCAUUCCACCAUCUCUAGGUGGCUCAGGCAGACCAUAGGUCCCCUUGUUUUCUGUUCAGAAGUUCUCUAGGUGGGUGUUAGUCUUAUCUGGUGCUAGCUUCAGACACAAGGUGCUCUUUGAGCUGCUGGCAGUCCCCUUGGGCCUGUGGUGCCCACUCCUCAGUUGGGCUGCAUUUAAAUGUCCCAAAGGUGAAAGGUUUCCUAUUUCUCUCAAAAUAAGAAUAUUUAUACUCGCCAUAACAUCUUUUUUAUUAAGUCUAUUAAAGAAAGACGGUCCCAUCCCUCUGCGCUUGUCUUGCUGUGUGUAUUGCUUAGCUACAAACAUUUAGAAAUGCUGCUAGUGGGAGGGGUUUUCCUGGGUUGGUCUCCUGUAGAAGGCUGUAUAACCUGAAGAUAAAUUAUUUUCUGUGUCCCUCAAACUCCAAGAAAAUAUUUUUUUGGUGAGUACAAAAAGGCCAUUUUUGCAAAUACAGUCAGACUGACUUGCAAACAGGAAUAUCCAUUUUCAUUGAGCUGGCCCUUUACUCUGGGGAAUCUGUGGUUCUGUUAUUUAGUGAACCAUUUUUCAAUGUCCUUGUAAUGGCUCAUUUGUACUUUUGAUUUUCACUUCCCAUUUUGUUAAGGUUAAGACAUAUUCGAUCAUACUUUUGUGUACAAUAACAUUAAGGGUUUUCCUUUGACGUGAUACUGUCAUGCUAGAUUGUAAUGAGACAAAUAACCUUGCACCUGCUAGCACUAAAUGAAUACAAUUUACCACUGUUUUCUAAAUGUAAUUGUAUUAAAAUUAAUAAGUUAAGAACA